GCCCAGACCGGAUGGCCUGUGUGAUGUCCACUUCUUCGUACCUUCUUCUGUUGCGCCGCCAGCGCAGUUGGCGUUGCACAGCAAACUGUUCUCUCUCUCUCGUUGUCUUAAAGCCGACCUAGUCAUUGUUCAGAGGGUACUGCGCACUGAAGAGGUGGGAAUGUAGACUUUUCACACCGUACAGUCUAUUGGUGUGCUCUCACGGCGUACAUGGUUGACGAUUGUGCAAUAUUAUAUAUAUAUAAUGCAUCUUCGAUCCUGGUUGUCGAGGACAAAGCGUGCCCGACAACUGAAAGUGAGCCGCCGUCUCAACAUACCUGCAAUAGCACGCGAGCAACGAGCAGAGGCACCACGUCUUCUUCUCAUCCUAUGCUGCAACCACCCCUGAGCGAGUUCCUCUUGUCGCUCAUCGUACCAAGGCGUGUAAGUCCCAGAGACAAUGAUAUUGCAACCCAGUUUGCCAAGGUGUACGAGACCCCCGGUGUGAGCAUAGCUGAGGGAAUACUCGUUGAUGAUGAAUCUGCCGCCCCUGGUCGAAGCGACGCCGUUGGGCAGCAGAUCCAACUUGCCUGCUCUGAGCAAGCCGACCACGAGCGAGACGCUUUUCCAAGCGGCGUCCAUCUCCAAGGCCGCGCUGUCAUUGGCAGUUUCUGCUGUCCUACCAGGAUGGAAUCCUCGGCUCUCUGGACGAUCCCAUCACCUAUUUUUCGGCUUCGACCGUGGACCUGCUAGUCAAAUCUGCUAUCCAGGCGAACUCUACAAUGCCGCUAGCACUCGUAAAGGGCGACUGGAGUGUGUGUGACGAUUGUGUAUCUACAGGCUCACACAGGUGGGGACG